GCAGGUAACGGUUAACUCCUCCACAAGUGCUACAAAUAUGUUGAACUAAACAAACUCGAAGAGAGCAAGCUGGAUUUCCUCGGCACACACACGUUGCAUUAGCGGGGAUUAUUUCUUGGCGAGCGGGAGGAGAAAAUAAUGUAGGAUCUGUGCGUAAAAAAAAAAGAAAAAGAAAGAAAGAAGAAGAAGGAAGAUUCCAGAAGAUUCCUAUGAGGGCUUGAUCACCGGAGGGAGGACCGUGCCAAAGAGCGACUCGAGGAGCAGCUUAUUCAUGCAAAUUCAUAAAAUCAUAGGCGUGCCUUUGGGCGAUGGAGUCACAGACGGAAAAGCAAACCCCCUCCAGGAUCAUCUGCGACCUUCAAAGACUGUGAUGCGCGGCUCGCGGACGCAUUGACAAGCAGCACCGGGACGCAAUAAGGACUCACACACACACACACACACAGAGGAAGAGAGAGAGGAGAAAGUUUAGGGCUCGGUCCCCUGCACGCUCCUGUUGACACCAGCUCCGCUGCUGCGCCACUGGCUCCCUGGAGCUCCAACCCCACGGCUGGUUGCGCCAACUGCCGCGUUUUUCACAAUUAGUGGUGCUUCAUUUUUGAAAUCUUUUUUUUUUCCCUUCAAAAAACAUGUUUAAAGUCAAUUCGGACGAUUUCAAACUUCGAGGCUCCUGAUAACUUUACAAACUUUACAAAAAUCCGUGCGUAAAAGACGCAUCAACGGAACGUUAUUUUUUUUUUCUCCUUAUUUAAUUUUCUCGGGACUUCUUUGUUUUCGCCACCAUGUCAGAGGACGACAGCAGCUCCACCACCAGCUACAUGUCCGACUCCGAAGGCAGCAGCGUCAGCGUCCUCAGCUGGGAGCAAGUGCAGCGGCUGGACGCCAUUCUGACGGAGACCAUCCCGAUCCACGGGCGGGGAAACUUCCCCACUCUGGAGAUGCAGCCGCGGCAGAUCGUCAAGGUGGUGCGCAGCCGGAUGGAGGAGAAGCAGAUCCACGUGCGGGACGUGCGGCUGAACGGCUCCGCAGCCAGCCACAUCCUGCACGGGGAUAGCGGACUGGGCUAUAAGGACCUUGACCUCAUAUUUUGUGCAGAUAUGAAAGGUGAAAGCGAUUUCCAGACUGUGAAGGACAUAGUUUUGGACUGUCUCCUGGAUUUUUUACCCGACUGUGUGAAUAAAGAGAAAAUAACCCCGCUAACGUUAAAGGAAGCCUACGUGCAGAAGAUGGUGAAGGUGUGCAACGACUCGGACCGCUGGAGUCUCAUUUCCCUGUCUAACAACAGGGGGAAGAAUGUGGAGCUGAAGUUCGUGGACUCCCUCCGGCGGCAGUUCGAGUUCAGCGUCGACUCCUUCCAGAUCAAGCUGGACUCCCUGCUGCUGUUCUACGAGUGCUCGGAGAACCCCAUGGCCGAGACCUUCCACCCCACCAUCAUGGGGGAGAGCGUGUACGGGGACUUCGGCGAGGCCCUCGACCACCUACGCCACAAGAUCAUCUGCACCCGGAACCCGGAGGAGAUCCGAGGCGGGGGCCUCCUGAAGUACUGUCACCUCCUGGUGAGGGGCUUCCGGGCGGCGUCGGAGUCCGAGAUGAAGUCCCUGCAGCGGUACAUGUGCUCCCGCUUCUUCAUCGACUUCCCCGACAUCGGCGAGCAGCAGCGCAAGCUGGAGUCCUACCUGCAGAACCACUUCGUGGGCCUGGAGGACCGCAAGUACGACUACCUGAUGACCCUCCACGGGGUGGUCAACGAGAGCACGGUGUGUCUGAUGGGCCACGAGAGGCGGCAGACCCUGGGGCUCAUCGCCAUGCUGGCGGUGCGCGUGCUGGCCGAGCAGAACGUCAUCCCCAACGUGGCGAACGUCACGUGCUACUACCAGCCCGCUCCGUAUGUGGCGGACGGCAACUUCAGUAACUACUACAUAGCACAGGUCCAGCCCGUGUUCGCCUGCCAGCAGCCUGCAUACUCCACCUGGCUGCCGUGUAACUGAGCCAGCCCACAUGAAGAGAGGCGGGAGAGAGAGCGUGCUUUCUUUAAACGGGAGUCAGCGGCGUGCCGGUGUCCUCAGAUCCCGCGCCGCGCUCAGCAGCCGACAGAAUAAGGAGGCCUCUGUUUAAUGUUUUGCAUCAAAGCUUCAGUGGGUAGUUCAUACGUUGAGUAUGAAAAGUUAAGAGCUGGCUUUCCACUCCCGAGUGCAAGCUUCAAUGUGAAUGUCUCGCAUUCCUCCGAAACGGCCGCCUGAUCCCGCCAAGCCCGACAAGUUCUGGAACAGACCAAUUUAGGAAGAAGUGGGGAAACGACGGCCUCGAGUGUGAGCGGCGGGACUGUCAUCCGGCCCGAUCCAGUCUGUCACAAACUCAUUAACCAGCAUGUUCCUGCAGUCGACUCCAGUUGACAGCUACUCCAGCAAAAACAUUCAGGGGUGUGUGUGUGUCUGUGUGUGUGUGUGUGUGUUUGUGUGUGUGUGUGUAGCUCUGUUUCCACACAAACACACACACACACACGAGGUGUGUGCAGGGCUUCAGAAUCAGCACCCUGCACCAGCUGAACCGAGGCGAGAUGCCGACGACAGACUGGCGUCUUCGCCUCACGUUUGAAAAUUAUUCUGGUUGUUUUGCAGACCAAAGAUUUUUUGAAUCGUUUGUAACUUUAAAACCCGAUUUUAACGGGGGCAGUAAAAACUAAAAUCAUCACCGUGCCCCCCCCCCCAAAAAAAAAAAAAAGAAAGAGAAAAAAAAUGAAGCUGUUGUAAUGUUUAUUUGUAUAUGUGAACAUAAGUGUGUUUCUAAGUGCCUAUUGCCUGUCAGCAGGCGGAGGGGAGGACGAGCAGGCCGUAUGACCCCACUCUGGUUCCAGUGAGGCACACAGGACAGCAGCACCCUUGUGAAUGUAUUUUUUUUUUGUGAAAUCAUGCAGUGUUUGGAUGAAAAAGAAAAAAAAAAAGCCGUGCAUUACUGUGGAUUUUUCAUCAAUGUAGCAGUCACAUGUACGAUUGAUGUGUGUGUUGUUUUUUUUUUUUUUUUUACAAGGUUCACAUGUCUUGUGUGGAAGUCCUCUCUGAGUGGUGUUAUAUUGUCUCAUUGAUUUUUGCUGUUAUUAUGACAGAGGUCAGUUUUUCCUGAUCAUCAAUCAAGACUACAAAGAAAAAAAACAGUGUUUUCUGUAUAUUUUUGUGCAGUGGUGCUUCUUUUUUCCCCCCUCAUAACUCAGAGACAUUAGUCAUACUCAGCAGAUAAGAGACAGAGAUAGGCGAGGUUCACGGAGAGUUCCCCCCCCCUACACACUUCAACACCGUGUGAGUGUGUGUGCGUGCGUGUGUGUGUUCACCCGACAGUAGAAGCAUUAUUGCGGAGACACCUCAGAUGAUGAGACACUGUUUGCUGUAGCACCCUUGCAGGGAAUUCCUCAGCUGCUGCUGAAGGGCUUGAACCUGAUCUAAGGGUUUUCUCUCCGGUCACACUGUUCAGGGUUCAGGAAACAAAAAAAAAAAAAAAAGCAGUGCCAAACAUUUCGGUGGUCCCCCCUUGCUUACAGCCCCCACCCCCACUGUCUUAUGAGCACAUGUGCUAAUCUGGAUGAUUUGAUGCUUUUGGAUCUCUGAAGAGAAGAAAGACAGAAAGGGAAGAAGAGAGAAAAAAGUGAGAGUAAGGAGAAUGCGGUGGACGGGAGCCAGAGGGGGAGAGAGCGAGUCGGUCUGGAGAGAUGGGUGCAGCUGGUGAUGGGGUUUAUCUCUGGAGGGCUACUGUGCUUUACUGUACACACCGUCUCCGGUGAGGUCUGGCUGCAACCUGACAGACGGUCCUGCAGCUCGGAACAGCCUGGUGACACCAUUUGCUCUCUGUUUAAAUCAUUUCAUUAUUAAGUCGAAGUGGAAAGUGAAGAAAAGCACAUUCACAGCAGCUGCAGGAGACUCUUACGUUGCACCUUAUCUUUCAUUUGUGAGGUUGCUUUAUCAAUGCU